UAUCGAUUGACUUAAGCAAACUGAACAGCAUUAUACUGACUCAAACUUAUCUGAUAUCUACAUGGAAGUUAAAUUAAUCACAUGUAUAUAUAUGUUAAAUUUAAAAAAAAAACGGGGAUUUUAAAACGGAAUUAAGAUAUAAAGUAACAUGCCACCAAAACCAAGCCUAAGGCCGGACAGCGGGAAAACUAAUGGCUCGAAGCCCCGGGCAUUGAAAGGGCCGACCCAGGAAGAGUAUGAAGGACUCCGGAAGCAGCUGGUUGCCAGGGACGCCAACAUAGAAUACCUGCGGAACAACCUGGAUCCACAGGCGUUCGCAAGCUGUCCAGGUGUUCAAGACUACACUGUGCAAGUAAUAGUUGACGAGAGCAUUCGAAAAGCAGAGGAGGUUAUAUUCAAACUCAAAAAAGGACUCCCUGUAGACAAUAGCAGUGAAGAACUAAAGAAAAUGAAAAAAGAGAUAGAAAGUUUGCAGAGUAAGAUGCAAUCAAGUGAAUAUCUGCAAGGUUCUCUCCGCAGUAAAUGUAAGGAGCAGGCGCACGAGAUAGAAGAGCUGAGACAGCGACUGGCAGGCACAGAGGAAGAGCUACGGAUGGAACGUUCAACAAAACAUGAAGAAAUGAAAGCUUUGAAGACUGACGUGCAUCUCCUGAGGGAGGAAAAGUCUGUUCUGGAAGAAAGAAACAAACAGCUUGAAGAGGAUAUAAAGCGGUGGAAAUCUGAACUUAAUGGACGUGGUGUUGCAUUGAAAGCGGAGAAUACAAAAUUAGAAUCAAACUAUAGCCAAGCUUUGUCAGAAUUAAACGCUGUUGAUGAAGAACUAAACGAAAUGAGAAAACAGGCAGAGGAAAAUAAAGAUCUUGCAAAUCGAAACAGAUUUGAAACAAAAGAAAGAUACGAGUUAGAGAUCAAAGUCGAACGAGUUACACUCGAAAAUGGUGAAUUAAAAUGCAGAAUAGAGGACUGUAGAAGAGAACAAAACAAAUUGGAGUGCAAAGUAGCCGAAUUGAAAAUUAAUUGUCAUGAAGCAUUUACAAAGCUAGAAGACAAAGACAGAGAACUGAAGAAGAAGGAAUGUGAUUACAAGCAGCUUAUAGAACGGAAAGAGGAGACAAUUAAUAAACUACGCCGGGAAAGUAGAACGGUUGAUCCAGCUGGUGAUGCGGUACAGUUACAGCUAAAGGAGGCACAAAAAGAGAUUGCAGAACUGAGAACAAGAUUUUCUGGGGUUGUUUCUGCAGCUGUUAAAGAUGUUGAAAUUGAAGACUUAAAGAGUAAACUGGAAAAUAUGAAAAGGGAAAAGGACAGAUUAGAAGACAAGGUAGCAGAUUUAAGACAUACCUGCCAUGAAGCGUUUACAAAGCUGGAGGCGAAAGACAAAGAAACGAAGAAGAAGGAGGAGGAAUACAAGAAGCUCAUUGAACGGAAGGAAGAGACAAUCAACAAGCUGCGGAGGGAAAAUAGGAUGGCAAAUGUGUCCUAGAUGGAGGAAAUGGAUUCUAUGGAUUGUACUUAAACUGUGCUGUUUAAUAAAACGAUCUUACAAGACAGUCACUGAUGUAUCGAUAUCUGGGUGUGAAAAUAAACUCAUUUGGCAAAUCGAAGUAACAAAAUGCCACAUAUUUGUGGGUGUCUCGUGUAAGGUGCAUGACUGUCGGUCAUAGGCAAAGGUCACAAACGAAGGUCACUCUUCUAUAUUGCUAGGACUUUGGUUUGUCUGAGCUGUAAUGUUACUAGGGAAUGCAUCUGUGGAAAAAUAAAAUUACUGUGGUAAUUUGUCACAUUUACUUGUUGUUGUUAAUUUGGCUUGUUUUGACAUCACUGUCAUAUAGAGCCAUCAAGUUUCAUCCAGAAACAUUACAGGUCAAAUAACCAUGUUUUUAAUCCUAGUCAUAUUUGCAAGGUAACAUCAUUAGA